GUAAAGCUCAAACACACCGGACUCUGUGAGACAGGAAAAGGCAAACAGCUUAUUUGACACCAUUUCAUAAUACUUCUUCAGAACUAGUAUUUGAUUCAAAGAAAAUACUUAAUUUCAAGAUCUUCUUGAGUCUGAAAACAUGUCUAGGAAUCUAGGUAACGACCGGCGGCAAGUGAUCUUCUGUGACAUGUGUACAGAAGAUAAUAGGAAACCAGCACAGAAGACCUGCAUGAAAUGUGAGAUCUCCAUGUGUGUCCAGCAUCUCCAGGCUCAUCUGACCACUCCUGUGUUACUGCAGACUCAUCCUCUGACGGAGCCUAUAGCCUCAGGAAAUGGAGGUUUAGUUGUAACCACUAAAUGCCCCCAACAUGGCAAACUGCUUGAGUACUACUGCUUGGACGACUUGACCUUUGUGUGUGUUUCAUGUGCUAUUGAGGACCAGCACAGCAAACACAAUAUGAAGACCUUCUCCACAGCCCACAAAGAGCUACUGGAAAAGGUCCAAGCUGAGCAGCAGGCCUUACUGGUGAAGGCUGAUGGUGCAAAUACCAGUCUGGAAAAGUGGGAGAAGAAUGAAAGAGAAAAACUGGGUCGCUCCAGUGUUCGUCUCAUCGAGGCUGUGACUAACCUGCGUGACCUUGCCUUGACCAGGGUCCAGAGUUCGGUCUCUGCUCGUAUGGUGUCCAUCAAAACCAGCAAGAGCAGCUUACAAGCAGCAAAGAGCGAGGAGGACGCCUUCAGAUUCCUUCAGAUGUAUUCUCAGGUAAAUCAGGAUUUAAAGAAGGCCAAAGUGGUGAAUUUGAAAAAGGGGGUGGAGUCUGGCAGUGAUCGCGACACACUGGUUGAAGAGAUAACACAGAGAGGUGAAAAAAUGAUGGAGCAGGUGAGCAACUUCUGGGGAUCCCUGUUGACUCAUGUUGACCCAGAGAACCAGCAGGAGCUCAGUGCAGUUAGUUCAGACCCGUUCUUUGACCCUCUGACUUGUGGUCCUGGGAUAUCACUCUCCAAAGACAAAAGGAAGGUCUUCUACAAUGAUUGGCAAGGGGAACCUACUCCCUUUGCAUUUCUAAUUCAGGGUACACAGUCUUCCAGAGAUUGUAACAUUUACAGAUGGGUAAUCAGCCUCUCCAACGACUGUGACUGGACCAUUGGCUUAUGUGACCAAAACUAUGCACAGCAGUUAAACCAAAGAGAUGGAGAGGUCUAUGGACUGCACUGGAAAGAUAACCAGCUCAGCUCUCUCAUAACACAUUAUGACACUUACACUUCAGAUACAACGACAGUUUACAGCAACAAAAAGGCAAGGAGUAGAACUUACUCUCAAGUGCUGUACCCUUCAGGUGAAGACAAGACAAAACAAAUGGCCCAAUACACAAAAGUGGAAGUGGUAAGGAGCUAUCCUAACUUAUCUUUCUUCAGUGUGAUCGGCCAGCAUCAGAAAAGACAAAUAGUCAAUAUAACAGUCAGUUCCAAUGGGCACCUGACUUCUUUUGUUUGCUUUGAAAUGGAAAAUUCAAAAAAUAGCUCAAUCAAGUCAAGUGCAAGUGGAUCUGGGGUUUCCUCAACACAUCAACAACUAUGGCAGAAGCAGUGGAAAUGCUCAUGUGGGAGGGUUUAUCCUUGGAAGAUUGAUCCCAAUAUUCACUACUUGCACCAAAUGUCGCCCCGAAAUAACUGUGAUUGCGGAAAAAAUAUUGGUCUGGACAACACUGAGGUGCUUUGUGAACUUCUGUAAUGGACAGCCAUGUUUUUGUCUUUUGCCAACAUUUACACAUUUCCAUUUUGCUGAUUACAAUUAUAUCAAUGCUCAUCGAACACGCCUAGAGUAAGAAUAUUUGUUGUUUCAUUUGGUGAAUGUAAAUAUCAGUAAUUUGUGCUUCUUGUCAGACUGAAAUAAAUUCCCCAAAAACGGAACUAUCCAAAUUGGUGAUACGUUUGUAUAGCCUACGUCAAAGAUAUGGAGAAUAUCCAGAAGAUUAAACACUUUAUCAUUCA